CGCCGCCAGUGCAGGAUAGCCUUGAGGGCGAGCCCGCUUUGGUCAAAAUCUGUGGGUGCGCCAAGGCAGCAGCGGCGAUAGAGGCCACAUCGUCCCAGAGGCCGCAGGAGCAGUCGGCCCAAAGCUCUCAAAAGCAAGCGCAAGUGACCAAACUAAACCAAGGCCACAUCACGGCGGCAGUGGCCCAUUCUCGCUAAAAGUCCAGAGGCAAUGGCGAAGAAAGCCAAAGCUGGUGCCGGGAAAAAGAAAGGGAAGGAUGGAAAAAAGAAAGGAAAGAAGAAGCACGCCAAGAGCAGCGAUGACAGCAAGAUAACCAAUUCCAAAGGGGAGCUGGUUUCGGGAAAAGAAUAUUUGCUGGAGCACAAACUCGAGGCAGCCUCUCGAUCGCUGCUGUCUUACAAGGAGCGAGUGGAAGGAUUAGUGAACGCAAAUGAGAAUUUGCAAGAGACGUGUCAGCAGCAGGAGCGCGAUGCGCUUGAAGUCAUAUCGGCCUUGAACAAGGAGUCCGAUACAAGACACUUGAAAGCACUUGAGCUAACGCAGAUCCUAGCACUGGAGAAAGAGAAAGCAAAAGCUGAAAAGGACGCCAUCGUGGUUGAUUGCGAGCGGAGAUUGGAAGAAAUGGAAAAUGUAGUCAACGAAAAGGAGGCCGCAUUCAAGGUCAUGCAACAGGAAUUCUCGGUCAUCAAAGACUUUCGGAAAAAACGGCAUGAGCUCUUGAGGGAGCUGGAGUUGCAAAAAGUCGAGCUUUCCGAUGCCGAAAAGCGCCACAAGGACACUGUCGCACGACUCGAACGCAAGUUCUUUGAAGAGAAAAUCCGGCUGCAGAAGGAAGCAAAUAAGAAGAUAUCAGAGUUGGCCACGCGAGCUCACAAUGAAGCUGUUGCAAAUCUCAAAGAGACGACCAAGGAUGUUUACAAGGAAAACCAGCGUAUGGCAGCGGCGCUUCGAUCCCAUGUGCAAGAAGGAGAGGAGCUGGCCAAGCAAAAUGCCGAGCUGAAGGAGCACAAUCGCCAGCUAUGCGAGGAUAGAGAUAUGCACAACGUUAUUGUCAAGGAAAAGAUCAGCCAGACACGGCAGCAGAUGGAAGAGAUCUUCCAACUAAACAAAAAGAUCCAGAGCAUGGAGCACUCACUUUCCCACGUUGUGCGCGAAUUCGAGCAUGAGCGCGAAAUCAUUGGCAAGCUCGCCCGGCGAGAGCUGGAAGAAGUCAAGAAAUCGGCGAGGCGGCUCAAAGAAAACUUGGCCAGAAAAACCCAAGAGAUGAAGCACAUCAAGGCAUUCCAGUCAUUCCGCCCGACACGUCAUCCGGACGAUCCCGUAUCCGCUGCGUCGGCUCUGCUCAACGAGGCCGAUGACCCGGCAUACCGCGAUAUCGAAGGCAAUCCGAAAAAAGUCGACAUCACGGAUCUUAAAUGGUUCGACAAAGAGCGAGUCCUCCGGCUCCUGUUUGCCAAGAUGAAUGGCGUUACCCUGGAAGAUGCCCGACGGCCGGAAAUGGAUCCCCGCUUGAACCAGCGCUUCAAGCGCAGCUCCUCGAGCAGCGAGUUUGUCGGAUACCAGGGUGAGGAUCGGCUCGUUGACAUUGAAGGAGGGGCAAGUAACUUGGGCAUGAAUGCAUCGUCGCCUCCGCUUGAUGGCGAUCCGGACGGCCAAGGGCUAUGGACAUCGCCGUCCAAGGCAUUGCCGGUAAAGGGUGGCGUUGUGUUGCCUCCGGUCUAUGGAAAAGCCAUUGGGUCGAAGGAUGAUCCCGAAGACGAGAACCCAGUGACUAGCAUGGCCGGUGCAGCCGAGCUGGAAAAUGCCAUUCCAUCGUCUGAUCCUCAGCCGGUUCAGUGA